CACUUGUAUGGAAAGGAACUGUUGGCCUCUGAAGGGAUUGAGCCAGUACAGGCCAGCCUGCCGCUCUUACUCUCCUUCUCUCCUUUUCUUUCCCCCCCCUCACUCUCUCUUCCUGUCCUGUCUGUUUAAGGAGAGAGAGCCUGUGAAAUUCCUUCAAGCUACUUUACUUCAGGUUUCUUUGGGAUUUAAACAUGCACACUGAGGUUUUGUUGCAGUCCAUGUUGGUGCCGGUGUUGCUGAUUCUGCUCUCUGCCGUGGAGGACACUUUGUUGCAAUCAGUGAGCCAGGCGGGUGGCGUGUGUCGGCUGUCCACCGACUCCUCCCUGCGCCGCUGCCGCACACCAGACGGCAAGAUAUGCAGUGGGAGGGGCAAGUGUGACUGCGGCAUCUGCGUCUGCACGGCCACCGAACCAGGGAAGUUCUACGGGCCCCGCUGCGAGUGCCAUGACUGGGUCUGUUCUUCACAUAAUGGGAAAACCUGCAAUGACCGCGGCUACUGUGACUGUGGGACGUGCGAGUGCGAUGACGGCUGGUUCGGAGACGCCUGCCAGUUCCAGGAAGAGUGUAACCUCCCCGGCAAGAAGAGCAAAGAGCUCUGCAAGAACCCACAGGGGGUGGUUUGCUCCAACAGAGGAACCUGUCACUGUGGAAGCUGCAUGUGCAAGAAUGAGGAGAACAGGGGCCUGGUGACCGGACGUUUCUGUGAGUGUGACGACAGCGAGUGUCUGGAUGAGGACACCGGAGAGGUGUGUGGAGGCCAUGGCCAGUGUUACUGUGGAAACUGUUACUGUGCCGCUGGUUGGCAUGGAGACAAAUGUGAAUUCCAGUGUGAUAUCAGCCCAUGGGAAAGCAAACGGCGAUGCACAUCUCCAGAUGGCAAAAUCUGCAGCAACAGAGGAACCUGUGUGUGUGGCGAGUGUACCUGUCAUGACGUAGAUCCCUCUGGCGACUGGGGAGAUAUUCAUGGAGACACCUGCCAGUGCGACGAGAGGAACUGUCAUGCAACUUAUGACCGAUACACGGAUGACUUCUGCUCAGGUCAAGGCCAGUGUAAUUGUGGCAGGUGCGACUGCAAGGAGGGAUGGUCGGGCAGGAAGUGCGAGCAUCCUCUGUCCUGCUCCCUGUCUCUGGAGAGCAGUCUGAGGAAGUGUCGGGGAACGUCCAAUCUGCCCUGCUUCGGACGAGGUCAGUGUCAGUGUGGACAGUGUGCCUGUCAUCCACCUGGGGACAGUCGUGUUCAUGGCAAAAACUGUGAGUGUGACGACCGUCAGUGCGAGGACAUCAGUGGAGAGGUCUGUGGAGGUCACGGUUACUGUUCGUGUGGACGCUGCAUCUGCAAGGACGGCUGGUUCGGGAAGCUGUGCCAGUUCUCCAGGUCUUGUGACAUAAGCGACAACCAGAGCAAAGAGCUGUGUGAGACGUCAGAUGGAGUCAUGUGCAGUGGAAAAGGUUCCUGUCACUGUGGCCAAUGCAUCUGCUCUCCCCAAGACUGGUGGGUGUCUGGAGAGUUCUGCGAGUGUGACGACCGAGAGUGUGACAAACACGACGGCCUCAUCUGCACAGGGAACGGCUUGUGCAACUGCGGCAACUGCGAGUGCUGGGACGGCUGGACAGGGAACGCUUGCGAAAUCUGGGUGGGAGCCGAGUACUGAGGAGAGCGGGGCGGUGAGUGGGCGUUAGAGAGACGAGAGGCCUGGCUGCCUGGAGCGACCAGGAGCGCCGCCGCCAUCUACCACCACGGCCAGCCUGGAAACCACAGGAGGAGGGAGAAGAUAUAAACGUGGAUGGAGUUCUGUGUGUCGCGAAGAGCGUUCAUUCAUUUAUUGUACUGGUUACAAAUGAUCCUUAUUAAAACUGGACUUUUGUAAAAGGUGAAAAGAAACAACCAUAUCUUCUUCUGUUUAAAACAUAUUACACCUUUAUGUAUGUUUUUUUGUAAUAACAUAGGAACAGUCACAUAUUGCAAAUGGCUGCAUACUAUACAGGUAGAUGACAAAAGCAAGUGUUCUUUUAUUAAGGGGACAUACCUGGGAUGUGUGGGACACUGCAGGGGAUAACGUGCGUCUGUUUUUGACUGAUAUACAAUGAAGUGUCAAAUCGGACUGAGAAAGCUCCAGGCAGAGGUUACUGUUUUAUGUUUUUAUUUCUUUUUUUUUAAUAAUAAAACAUUAAAUGUGC